AUGUCGUUCGGAGACCGUCAUGUCAAGUUUGCGCUUUUUGGCCUCGGUCGCCUGGGAGUUCUGCGCGCGCGCAUCCUUGCCUUCCAGCAGCCCCGCAUUAAACUCGUCGCAGUCUGCGAUACAAAGCCAGGAACUGAUACAUGGGCCGCAGAAAACCUGCCUCUAUCUGUUCAAUAUUUCUCAGACCCCCAAGAAUGUUUGAAAAACAGCGGUGCUGAAGCCGUCCUCAUUUGCACUGCGACGGCUACACACGCGCCCUUGAUCCUACAGGCCCUUGAUUUGGGCUUGCAUGUCAUGUGUGAGAAGCCUGUUUCAGUGGAUAUCGCAACUACUCAGGCGGUAGUUGAGAGGUCUGCUUCUAAGCCUCAUCUCAAGUUCCUUGUUCCCUUUACUCGCCGAUAUGAUAAGAACUACCGCACCGCGAGGGCCUUGAUCGACAACGGAACACUGGGUGAAAUCCAUGCCGUUGAAACGACUGGUAUCGAUCAACAAGACCCCAAUGCCUUCUUCGUUUCCUUCUCUGAGCAAUCAGGCGGUAUUUUCCUUGAUUUUGGUAUCCACACUGUCGACGCCGGGCGAUACCUAUUGGAUGUUAAGUCGGGCCUCACCAAUACCAAGAAGCAAGUCAACAGAGUCAUUGCUUUCGGUCAGCUGGCUGUCUACAGUGACUUGGCAAAGUAUGGUGACUGUGAUAACGCUUGGGGACUGGUAGAAUUUGCCAAUGGCAAAAUCUUUAAGACUUAUCUCGGACGCACACUCACCAGUGGCUUCGAAGAUACAACCCGAUUGUGCGGCACCAAGGGACAUUCCAUCAUCUCUGCCAAUUCGAAUGUCGAGAUCCGUGACCACAUUGGUAUCCGCACUCAAUCUGUGCCUGAUGCGUUUACUCUCUUCGAUGAAACCUUCUUGGCUGACCUUGCUGAGUUUGCCGAUGCGGUGCUUGACGAUAAGCCUUUGACAUGUCAACCAGAGGAUGCGUUCGAGGCGGGGAAGAUCUGUGCUGCUCUUCAGUACUCCUUUCGCAAGGGUGUUCCUGUAUACUUCGACGACAAUGGUUUACCCAUUAUGGAGUCCAAAUGA